AUAUGAGUCCAAUCCCCCUGUGUUAAAGCAGAGUGUGGCGGUUGCUGUAGCAGCAGUAACAACAGCAGGUUUCGCUGCCAUUGGAUGUUCAGCUGAAAAAAGGAAAGCCACAGUCCCACCUGGCUGCUUUUCUCUGUGACAGGUCCCCUCCCGGCCUGCAUCCCUAAACACACUCCUUCCUAUAACACACACACACACACACUCUUAACCUCACUUCAGGGCCAGCAGAGAGUGCUCAGUAUUAUCAGACACACCCUGCAGCCACCAUUCCAGCCUUACAUUCAUCUAACGCACACUCUCACACACAUUUACCACUCCACCCACACACACACAAACAGGCAUCACCAUGAUGAGCCAGGAGUUUUUUCAGAAGUUGGGGUUGCCAGAUCUAGAUGAAGUCAGCCAGUACAUCAAGAGCAUCUCCACUCCCAUGUUAGUCAGCAUGGGGGCAGUGGCUGCCGCGACAACCUACUACCUGGCAACACGACCCAAAGCCCUCCCACCAGUCUGUGACCUCCGCAUGCAGUCAGUUGAGGUUCCGGGCGGAGAGUUGGCACGCCGAUCAGUUAUGCUGAAUGGAAACGGUCCCUUGACACAUUUCUACGAUGAUGCCACAACAAUGUAUGAAUUCUUCCUCAGAGGGGCCCGAGUCUCCAAUAAUGGUCCCUGUCUGGGCUCCAGGAAACCGAAGCAGCCCUAUGAAUGGAUGUCCUACAGAGAGGUAAUGGAGCGGACUGAGAAUCUGGGUUCAGCAUUUCUUCACAAAGGACACUCCAAAACCAGCGACUCUCACAUUGGCAUCUUCUCUCAGAACAGACCAGAGUGGACCAUCAGUGAGCUGGCUUGUUACACAUAUUCUCUGGUGUCAGUCCCUCUGUACGACACACUGGGAACAGAAGCCAUUGACUACAUUAUAGACAAAGCUUCCAUCUCGACGAUAGUGUGCGACGUGGUGGAUAAAGUCAACCUGGUACUGGACUGUGUUCAGGACAAGGAGCACUCUGUGAGAACCAUCGUUCUAAUGGAGGCCCCCAGUGCCGACCUGGUCAACAGGGGCCAACAGGCUGGAAUCCACAUCCUCAGCCUGCAGGAGAUGGAGGCUAUCGGGAAGGCCCACCAUCACCAACCAGUGCCUCCGCGACCUGAGGACAUGGCUGUCAUCUGCUUCACCAGCGGAACGACAGGAAACCCAAAGGGAGCUAUGUUGACACAUGGGAAUAUUGUGUCCAACUGCUCAGCCUUCAUCAAAAUGACAGAGUCUUACGCUCAGACCACCCCAGCAGACAUCAUGCUGUCUUUCCUGCCUCUGGCCCACAUGUUUGAGAGAGUGGUGGAGGGAGUGAUGUUAGUGCACGGAGCCAAGAUUGGCUAUUUCCAGGGAGAUAUCCGUUGGCUGUCAGAUGACCUGAACACACUGAAGCCGACUGUGUUCCCUGUGGUACCCCGACUCCUGAACAGGAUGUAUGAUAAGAUCUUCGGGCAGGCCAACAGCUCUCUGAAGCGCUGGGUGCUGGGGUUUGCCUACAGGAGGAAGGAGGCAGAGAUAAUGAAAGGCAUCGUGAGGAGAGACAGUAUCUGGGAUCGACUCAUCUUCGGGAAGGUCCAGGCCAGCCUCGGCGGUCGCGUGCGUCUCAUGAUAACCGGAGCUGCUCCCAUCUCCCCUACAGUCCUCAGCUUCCUCAGAGCUGCAAUAGGCUGUCAGUUCUAUGAAGGCUAUGGACAAACAGAGUGUACUGCUGGAUGCACCUUGACCAUGCCCGGGGACUGGAGUGCAGGUCACGUUGGAGCUCCUCUGCCCUGUAACUCAGUUAAACUGGUGGAUGUGCCUGAGAUGAACUACCUGGCUGUAAACGGGGAGGGAGAGGUGUGCGUGAAGGGUCCCAACGUGUUCAAGGGCUAUCUGAAGGACCCCGAGAAGACUAUGGAGACUAUUGAUGAAGAUGGAUGGCUUCACACUGGUGACAUUGGAAGAUGGCUUCCGAAUGGCACGCUGAAGAUCGUGGACAGGAAGAAGCACAUCUUUAAGCUGGCACAGGGGGAGUACAUUGCUCCUGAAAAGAUAGAGAACAUCUACACGAGGAGUGAUGCAGUGGCACAGGUCUAUGUGCAUGGAGACAGUCUGCAGGCAUGUCUGGUAGCAGUGGUGGUUCCUGACCCUGACUUCCUACCUGGUUGGACCAAGCGGACUCUGAGACUGGAGGGCAGCUACAAGGAACUAUGUGGCAGAGCGGAAGUCAAGGCAGCCAUCUUGGAAGACAUGGCACGACUGGGCAAGGAAGGAGGCCUCAAGUCCUUUGAGCAGGUGAAGGCCAUCUCCAUCCACACCGAGCUGUUCUCAAUCGAGAACGGCCUGCUCACUCCAACGCUGAAGGCCAAGAGGAACGAACUGCGGCAACACUUCAGAUCGCAGAUAGACGAGCUGUACGCUGGGAUCAACAUGUAGAACGAGAGGAGUAGAGCAAAACGGAAGGACAGACGCUAGAGCUCUACCAAAGGUGGUUUUUGUUUUUUUUUAGAUGAAGAGAAAAGGAAGAGGCAGAGAGAGGAUGAAGAGGCCCUCUCAGACUAAAAGCAUCAUCGACCUGUCUAGUCCUCAUUAACAGUAACACUAGAAACAACAGGAACAGGAGGUGAUACAGCUUUUAAUGGAGCUUGAUUCAGAGCAUUUUGAAGAAAAUCAAUGGCCUUUAGGAUCUGUGGCACAGAAUACAAAACCUCCGAGGGUCCACAGAAGAUUUUAUGCUUAUAAUAAAUGUGUCUAUUGAUGAAGUAGUUUUGCCUAAGCUAUGUACAGUACAAAUUCUGUGAUUGUGUGUUGAUUUCUAAUCAGCUAUUUUGUAAUGUUAGCUUCAUAAAGGGCACAUAAGCACACACCUUUUAACUCUAAGGGAAAACUCAGACCACUGAAACAAGUUGACUGACAGUUAAAUUUGGAUCAGGAUUUUUUUUUGUCAGUUGUCAUGAUUUUAUUUUACUAUGUUUCUUGGGUUUGUUAAGUAGAAAGUUGCAGUCUAAAAUAGAUAACAGGAUUGUUUCUGCUGGGUCCUCGAAUAUUGAAUAAGCUGUUAGGAUCCUGGGAACCAGCAGAAUGAGCCAUAUUAAAGACAGUCUAAACAAAGCUAGCUGUACACAAGGAAAUUCAGGUACUAAAGAACAAUCCGGACCGGAAACUGUGUUAAUGUUUUAAUUUAUUUAUGACGCUUACACGAAGGGAUGAGAUUUGUUGAAGAAAUCAGUUUUCUUAAAUUAUUAUAAUAUAGUAGUGUAAAGCAAUGCAAACUGAAUAAAAUCAUGUUCAAUAUUUGUGGUUUUAAGUUUGUGGAAGUACAUUUGACAUAUGGUCUUGCUGUAAUUGUUUUUACUAUUAUCUCAGAUUUGUAAAAAUGUUGAUUAAAAAUCAUCAAAAGAG